CGGAUGUCGGUGCGCGGGCCCGGGACGCGCCGCCCCACGGGCAGCACGGCGUGAGGAGCCGCCGCCGCCGCCGCCGCCGAGCCGCCGGCAUGGGGCCGCUGCUGGCCCUCGCCGGGAGCCUCCUGGCCCUGCUGGCCGCGCCCGCCGCCCGCGCCCUCGAAGCACCGAAGACUUGUAGCCCCAAACAGUUUGCAUGCAAAGAUCAGAUUACGUGCAUAUCUAAGGGCUGGCGCUGUGACGGGGAGAAGGAUUGUCCGGAUGGCUCGGAUGAAUCUCCCGAGAUAUGUCCCCAGAGCAAAGUGUCCCGCUGCCAACCCAACGAGCACAACUGCCUGGGCACCGAGCUCUGCAUCCACAUGAGCAAACUCUGCAACGGGCUGCACGACUGCUUCGACGGCUCCGACGAGGGGCCGCACUGCCGGGAACAACUGGCCAACUGCUCGGCGCUGAGCUGCCAGCACCACUGCGCACCAACGCUGUCGGGCCCCGUCUGCUACUGCAACCACUCCUUCCAGCUGGCCGAGGACAGGAGGAGCUGCAGAGACUUCGAUGAAUGCACCGUGUACGGGACCUGCAGCCAGACAUGCACCAACACAGAGGGCUCCUACACCUGCAGCUGCGUCGAGGGGUAUCUCCUGCAGCCGGACAACAGAUCCUGCAAAGCCAAAAACGAGCCCGUGGAUCGCCCUCCUGUGCUGCUCAUUGCCAACUCCCAGAACAUCCUGGCCACGUACCUGAGCGGAGCCCCCGUGCCCAACAUCACCCCCACCAGCGCCAAGCAGACCACGGCCAUGGACUUCAACUACGUGGAGGACACGGUGUGCUGGGUCCACGUGGGUGACAGCGCCUCCCAGACCGUCCUCAAGUGUGCCAAGAUCCCCAACCUGAAGGGUUUUGUGGAGGAACGGUCCAUCAACAUCUCCCUGAGCCUGCACCAUGUGGAGCAGAUGGCCAUUGACUGGCUCACGGGCAACUUCUACUUCGUGGAUGACAUCGACGACAGGAUCUUCGUGUGCAACAAGAACGGGGACACCUGUGUCACUCUGCUGGACCUGGAGCUCUACAAUCCCAAGGGAAUUGCGCUGGACCCAGCCAUGGGCAAGGUGUUCUUCACCGACUACGGGCAGAUCCCCAAGGUGGAGCGCUGCGACAUGGACGGCCAGAACCGCACCAAGCUGGUGGACAGCAAGAUCGUCUUCCCUCACGGCAUCACCCUGGACCUGGUGAACCGCCUGGUGUACUGGGCCGACGCCUACCUGGACUACAUCGAGGUGGUGGAUUACGAGGGCAAGAACAGGCACACCAUCAUCCAGGGCAUCCUGAUCGAGCACCUGUACGGGCUGACGGUCUUCGAGAAUUACCUGUACGCCACCAACUCGGACAACGCCAACGCGCAGCAGAAAACCAGCGUCAUCCGCGUCAACCGCUUCAACAGCACCGAGUACCAGGUGGUGACACGCGUGGACAAGGGAGGAGCGCUGCACAUUUACCACCAGCGGCGCCAGCCCACAGUUCGCAGCCACGCCUGCGAGCCGGAUCAGUUUGGGAAGCCGGGAGGCUGCUCGGACAUUUGCCUGCUGGGGAACAGCCACAAGAGCCGGACCUGCCGCUGCCGCUCCGGCUUCAGCCUGGGCAGCGACGGCAAAUCCUGCAAAAAGCCCGAGCACGAGCUGUUCCUGGUGUACGGGAAGGGCCGUCCCGGCAUCAUCCGCGGGAUGGACAUGGGCGCCAAGGUGCCGGAUGAGCACAUGAUCCCCAUCGAGAACCUCAUGAACCCCCGGGCUUUGGACUUCCACGCCGAGACCGGCUUCAUCUACUUCGCUGACACCACCAGCUACCUCAUCGGGCGCCAAAAAAUCGAUGGCACGGAGCGGGAGACCAUCCUGAAGGACGGCAUCCACAACGUGGAGGGCAUCGCCGUGGACUGGAUGGGGAACAACCUGUACUGGACGGAUGACGGCCCCAAGAAGACCAUCAGCGUGGCACGGCUGGAGAAGGCGGCCCAGACGCGGAAGACCCUGAUUGAGGGGAAGAUGACGCACCCCCGCGCCAUCGUGGUGGACCCCCUGAACGGGUGGAUGUACUGGACGGACUGGGAGGAGGAUCCCAAGGACAGCAAGAGGGGCAAGAUCGAGAGAGCCUGGAUGGACGGCUCCAACCGCAACAUCUUCAUCACCUCCAAGACCGUCCUGUGGCCCAACGGGCUGAGCCUGGACAUCCCAGCCAAGAUCCUGUACUGGGUGGAUGCUUUCUACGACCGCAUCGAGAUGGUUUAUCUUAAUGGCACCGAGCGGAAGAUCGUGUACGAGGGCCCGGAGCUGAACCACGCCUUCGGGCUGUGCCACUACAGCAACUUUCUCUUCUGGACCGAGUACCGCAGCGGCAGCAUCUACCGGCUGGACCAGGCGUCCAAGGCCGUCAGCCUGCUGCGCAACGAGCGCCCGCCCAUCUUCGAGAUCCGCAUGUACGACGCGCAGCAGCAGCAAGUGGGCUCCAACAAAUGCCGCGUCAACAACGGGGGCUGCAGCAGCCUGUGCCUGGCCACCCCCCGGGGCCGCCAGUGCGCCUGCGCCGAGGACCAGAUCCUGGGGUCAGACUCUGUCACCUGCGAGGCCAAUCCUUCGUACAUCCCCCCGCCGCAGUGCCAGCCCGGGGAGUUCGCCUGCAAGAACAACCGCUGCAUCCAGGAGCGCUGGAAAUGCGACGGGGACAACGACUGCCUGGACAACAGCGACGAAGCCCCCGAGCUGUGCCACCAGCACACCUGCCCUUCGGACCGCUUCAAGUGCAAGAACAACCGCUGCAUCCCCAACCGCUGGCUCUGCGACGGGGACAACGACUGCGGGAACAACGAGGACGAGUCCAACUCCACCUGCUCAGCCCGGACCUGCUCCCCCAACCAGUUCUCCUGUGCCAGCGGCCGCUGCAUCCCCAUCUCCUGGACAUGCGACCUGGACGACGACUGUGGGGACCGCUCUGACGAGUCUGCCUCGUGUGCCUACCCGACCUGCUUCCCCCUGACGCAGUUCACCUGCAACAACGGGCGCUGCAUCAACAUCAACUGGCGCUGUGACAACGACAACGACUGCGGGGACAACAGCGACGAGGCCGGCUGCAGCCACUCCUGCUCCAGCAACCAGUUCAAAUGCAACAGCGGGCGCUGCAUCCCCGUGCACUGGACCUGCGACGGCGACAACGACUGCGGCGACUACAGCGACGAGACCCACGCCAACUGCACCAACCAGGCCACGCGCCCGCCCGGGGGCUGCCACACGGACGAGUUCCAGUGCCGGCUGGACGGGCUGUGCAUCCCCAUGCGCUGGCGCUGCGAUGGUGACACGGACUGCAUGGACUCCAGCGACGAGAAGAACUGCGAGGGGGUCACCCACGUCUGCGACCCCAACGUCAAAUUCGGCUGCAAGGACUCGGCCCGGUGCAUCAGCAAGGCCUGGGUCUGUGACGGGGACAGCGACUGCGAGGACAACUCUGACGAGGAGAACUGCGAGUCCCUGGUGUGCAAACCCCCCUCGCACACCUGCGCCAACAACACCUCCAUCUGCCUGCCCCCCGAGAAGCUCUGCGACGGCUCCGACGACUGCGGCGACGGCUCCGACGAGGGCGAGCUCUGCGACCAGUGUUCUCUCAACAACGGCGGCUGCAGCCACAACUGCACCGUGGCCCCCGGUGAGGGCAUCGUGUGCUCGUGUCCCCUGGGCAUGGAGCUGGGUGCUGACAACAAGACCUGCCAGAUCCAGAGCUACUGUGCCAAGCACCUCAAGUGCAGCCAGAAGUGCGAGCAGGACAAGUACAAUGUCAAGUGCUCCUGCUACGAGGGCUGGAUGCUGGAGCCCGAUGGAGAGAGCUGCCGAAGCCUGGACCCCUUCAAGCCGUUCAUCAUCUUCUCGAACCGCCACGAGAUCCGGCGCAUCGACCUGCACCGAGGGGACUACAGCGUCCUGGUGCCCGGGCUGCGCAACACCAUCGCCCUGGACUUCCACCUCAACCAGAGCUCCCUGUACUGGACUGACGUGGUGGAGGACAAGAUCUACAGGGGAAAGCUGCUGGAGAACGGGGCUCUGACCAGCUUCGAGGUGGUGAUACAGUACGGCCUGGCCACCCCAGAGGGACUGGCCGUGGACUGGAUCGCCGGCAACAUCUACUGGGUGGAGAGCAACCUGGACCAGAUCGAGGUGGCCAAGCUGGACGGCACCAUGAGGACCACGCUGCUGGCAGGGGACAUCGAGCACCCCCGCGCCAUCGCCCUGGACCCCCGCUAUGGGAUCCUGUUCUGGACGGACUGGGACGCCAGCCUGCCCCGCAUCGAGGCCGCCUCCAUGAGCGGCGAGGGCCGACGCACCAUCCACAAGGAGACAGGCUCGGGGGGAUGGCCCAACGGGCUCACUGUGGACUACCUGGAGAAGAGGAUCCUCUGGAUCGAUGCCAGGUCGGACGCCAUCUACUCCGCCCUGUACGAUGGCACGGGGCACAUCGAGGUGCUGCGGGGACACGAGUACCUGUCCCACCCCUUCGCUGUCACCCUGUACGGGGGGGAGGUGUACUGGACCGACUGGCGCACCAACACCUUGGCCAAGGCCAACAAGUGGACGGGGCACAACGUGACCGUGGUGCAGAGGACCAACACGCAGCCCUUCGACCUGCAGGUGUAUCACCCCUCCCGGCAGCCCCUGGCUCCAAAUCCCUGCGAAGCCAACGGGGGCAAAGGGCCGUGUUCCCACCUCUGCCUCAUCAACUACAACCGCACCUUGUCCUGUGCCUGCCCCCACCUCAUGAAGCUGGACAAGGACAACACCACCUGCUAUGAGUUUAAGAAGUUCCUGCUGUACGCGCGGCAGAUGGAGAUCCGGGGCGUGGACAUCGACAACCCCUACUACAACUACAUCAUCUCCUUCACCGUGCCCGACAUCGACAACGUCACCGUGGUGGACUACGACGCUUUGGAGCAGCGCAUCUACUGGUCAGACGUGCGCACCCAGACCAUCAAGAGAGCCUUCAUCAACGGCACUGGCGUGGAGACCGUCGUCUCUGCAGACCUGCCCAACGCUCACGGCCUCUCCGUGGAUUGGGUUUCCAGAAACCUCUUCUGGACCAGCUACGACGCCAACAAGAAGCAGAUCAACGUGGCCAGGCUGGACGGUUCCUUCAAGAACGCCGUGAUCCAGGGGCUGGACAAGCCCCACUGCCUGGUGGUGCACCCGCUGCGGGGGAAGCUGUACUGGACAGAUGGGGACAACAUCAGUGUGGCCAACAUGGACGGCAGCAACCGCACGCUGCUCUUCACCAACCAGAAGGGACCUGUUGGCCUGGCCAUCGACUACCCGGAGAGCAAACUCUACUGGAUCAGCUCUGGCAACGGCACCAUCAACAGGUGUGACCUGGAUGGCAGCAACCUGGAGGUGAUCGAGUCCGUGCGGGGCCAGCUGAGCAAGGCCACCGCCCUGGCCAUCAUGGGGGACAAGCUGUGGUGGGCUGACCAGACCUCCGAGAGGAUGGGCACGUGCAACAAGAAGGACGGGACGGAGGUGACGGUGCUGCGCAACAGCACCACGUUGGUGAUGCACAUGAAGGUUUACGACGAGAGCGUCCAGCAGGGUGGGACCAACCCCUGCAGCCAAAACAACGGGGACUGCUCUCAGCUGUGCCUCCCCACCUCGGAGACCUCCCGCUCCUGCAUGUGCACUGCGGGCUACAGCCUCAAGAGUGGGCAGCAGUCCUGUGAAGGUGUGGGCUCCUUCCUCCUGUACUCGGUGCACGAGGGGAUCCGGGGCAUUCCCCUGGACCCCAAUGACAAGUCAGACGCUCUCGUGCCGGUGUCGGGGACCUCCCUGGCUGUGGGAAUCGACUUCCAUGCAGAGAACGACACGAUUUACUGGGUGGACAUGGGCCUGAGCACCAUCAGUCGAGCCAAGAGGGACCAGACGUGGCGCGAGGACGUGGUGACCAACGGCAUUGGCCGUGUGGAGGGCAUCGCCGUGGACUGGAUCGCUGGAAACAUCUACUGGACGGACCAGGGCUUUGAUGUCAUCGAGGUGGCCAGGCUGAACGGGUCCUUCCGCUACGUGGUCAUCUCGCAGGGGCUGGACAAGCCACGGGCCAUCACGGUCCAUCCAGAGAAGGGGUACCUGUUCUGGACGGAGUGGGGGCAGUACCCCCGCAUCGAGCGCUCCCGCCUGGACGGCACCGAGAGGAUGGUGCUGGUCAACGUCAGCAUCAGUUGGCCCAACGGGAUUUCCGUGGACUACGAGGAUGGGAAGCUGUACUGGUGUGAUGCCCGGACAGACAAGAUCGAGCGGAUCGACCUGGAAACGGGCGAGAACCGUGAGGUUGUCCUGUCCAGCAACAACAUGGACAUGUUCUCCGUGUCGGUCUUCGAGGAAUACAUUUACUGGAGCGAUAGGACUCACGCCAACGGCUCCAUCAAAAGAGGCAACAAGGACAACGCCACCGAGUCGGUGUCGCUGCGGACUGGGAUCGGCGUGCAGCUCAAGGACAUCAAAGUCUUCAACCGGGCCCGGCAGAAGGGCACCAACAUCUGUGCCCAGAACAACGGGGGCUGCCAGCAGCUGUGCCUGUUCCGCGGCGGCGCCCAGAGGACGUGCGCCUGCGCCCACGGGAUGCUGUCGGAGGACGGCGUCAGCUGUCGCGACUACGACGGCUACCUGCUCUACUCGGAGCGCACCAUCCUCAAAAGCAUCCACCUUUCGGAUGAGAACAACCUCAACGCGCCCAUCAAACCCUUCGAGGACGCCGAGCACAUGAAGAACGUCAUCGCCCUGGCCUUCGAUUACCGCUACGGCUCCAAGGGCAGCAACCGCAUCUUCUACAGCGACAUCCACUUCGGCAACAUCCAGCAGAUCAACGACGACGGCACGGGGCGCAAGACCAUCGUGGAGAACGUGGGCUCUGUGGAGGGGCUGGCGUACCACCGCGGCUGGGACACGCUGUACUGGACGAGCUACACCACCUCCACCAUCACCCGGCACACCGUGGACCAGAGCCGGCUCGGGGCCUUCGAGAGGGAGACGGUGAUCACCAUGUCAGGGGACGACCACCCCCGGGCCUUCGUGCUGGACGAGUGCCAGAACCUGAUGUUCUGGACCAACUGGAACGAGCAGCACCCCAGCAUCAUGCGAGCCACCCUCUCCGGUGCCAACGUCCUCAUCAUCAUCGACCAGGACAUACGGACACCCAACGGCUUGGCCAUCGACCACAAGGCUGAGAAGAUUUAUUUCUCUGAUGCCACCCUGGACAAGAUCGAGCGCUGCGAAUACGACGGUUCCCAUCGCCAUGUGAUCCUGAAGUCGGAGCCCGUGCACCCCUUUGGGCUGGCUGUGUACGGUGAUUACAUCUUCUGGACGGACUGGGUGCGCCGCGCCGUGCAGCGCGCCAACAAAUACGUGGGCACCGACAUGAAACUGCUGCGUGUGGACAUCCCCCAGCAGCCCAUGGGCAUCAUCGCCGUGGCCAACGACACCGACAGCUGCGAGCUGUCCCCGUGCCGGGUGAACAACGGCGGCUGCCAGGACCUGUGCCUGCUCACCCCCAAGGGCCACGUCAACUGCUCCUGCCGCGGCGAGCGGGUCCUGCAGGAGGAUUUCACCUGCAAAGCUGUGAAUUCCACCUGCAACAUGCACUACGAGUUUGAGUGCGGGAACGGCGACUGCAUCGACUUCAGCCGCACCUGCGACGGCGUCGUGCACUGCAAGGACAAGUCGGACGAGAAGCAGUCCUACUGCAGCAGCCGCAAGUGCAAGAAGGGCUACCUGCACUGCAUGAACGGGCGCUGCGUCGCCAGCCGCUACUGGUGCGACGGCGUGGACAACUGCGGGGACAACUCGGACGAGCUGCCCUGCAACAAAACCAGCUGUGCCGCCACCGAGUUCCGCUGCCGGGACGGGACGUGCAUCGGGAAUUCCAGCCGCUGCAACCAGUUCAUCGAUUGUGAGGAUGCAUCGGAUGAAAUGAAUUGCACUGCCACCGACUGCAGCAGCUACUUCAAGCUGGGGGUGAAGGGCACCACGUUCCAGAAGUGUGAGCACACGUCCCUGUGCUACGCGCCCAGCUGGGUGUGCGACGGCGCCAACGACUGCGGCGAUUACUCGGACGAGCGCAACUGCCCCGUAGGUGGGAGGAAGCCCAAAUGUCCAUCCAACUACUUUGCCUGCCCGAGUGGGAGGUGCAUCCCCAUGACCUGGACGUGUGACAAGGAGGACGACUGCGAGAACGGCGAAGAUGAGACCCAGUGCAGCGAGCGGCAGGACAAGUUCUGCUACCCCGUGCAGUUCGAGUGCAACAACCACCGCUGCAUCUCCAAGCUCUGGGUGUGUGAUGGGGCUGACGACUGCGGGGACGGCUCUGACGAGGACAAUCGCUGCCAACUGACCACCUGCAGCUCAGGAUCCUUCCAGUGCCCGGGCACCUACGUGUGCGUGCCGGAGCGCUGGCUCUGCGACGGGGACAAGGACUGCGCCGACGGGGCUGACGAGACCCUGGCUGCUGGCUGCUUGUACAACAACACCUGCGACGAGCGGGAGUUCAUGUGCGGGAACCGGCAGUGCAUCCCCAAGCACUUCGUGUGCGACCACGACGACGACUGCGGCGACGGCUCCGACGAGUCCCCGGAGUGUGAGUACCCCACCUGUGGCCCCCACGAGUUCCGCUGUCAGAACGGCCGCUGCCUCAGCAACCGGCAGUGGGAGUGCGACGGGGAGUUCGACUGCCACGACCACUCGGACGAGGCGCCCAAGAACCCGCGCUGCAGCAGCCCAGAGAACAAGUGCAACGACUCCUUCCUCUGCAAGAACGGGAAUUGCAUCUCCGAGGCGCUGCUCUGCGACAACAACAACGACUGCGCCGACGGCUCUGACGAGCUCAACUGCUUCAUCAACGAGUGCCUCAACAAGAAGCUGAGUGGCUGCUCCCAGGAGUGUGAGGACCUCAAGAUUGGCUACAAGUGCAGAUGCCGUCCCGGGUUCCGGCUGAAGGACGACGGGAAGACGUGCAUCGACAUCGACGAGUGCUCCACCACCUACCCCUGCAGCCAGAAAUGCAUCAACACCCUGGGCAGCUACAAGUGCCUCUGCACCGAGGGCUACAAGCUCAGACCUGACAACCCCACCAGCUGCAAGGCUGUCACGGAUGAAGAACCUUUCCUCAUCUUUGCCAACCGCUACUACCUGAGGAAGCUCAACCUGGACGGCUCCAACUACACUCUGCUCAAGCAGGGGCUGAACAACGCCGUGGCUCUGGAUUUCGACUACCGGGAGCAGAUGAUCUACUGGACAGAUGUCACCACGCAGGGCAGCAUGAUCCGCCGCAUGCACAUCAACGGCAGCAACGUCCAGGUCCUUCACCGCACGGGGCUCAGCAACCCCGACGGGCUGGCCGUGGACUGGGUGGGAGGAAACCUGUACUGGUGUGACAAGGGCCGGGACACCAUCGAGGUGUCGAAGCUCAACGGCGCCUACCGCACCGUGCUGGUCAACUCGGGCCUGCGCGAGCCCCGCGCGCUCGUGGUGGACGUGCAGAACGGCUACCUGUACUGGACAGACUGGGGGGACCACUCCCUGAUCGGCAAGAUCGGCAUGGACGGCACCAACCGCAGCGUCAUCGUGGACACCAAAAUCACCUGGCCCAACGGCCUCACCCUGGACUACAUCAACAGCCGGAUCUACUGGGCUGAUGCCCGUGAGGAUUACAUCGAGUUUGCCAGCCUGGACGGCUCCAACCGGCACACGGUGCUGAGCCAGGACAUCCCGCACAUCUUCGCGCUCACGCUCUUCGAGGAUUUCAUCUACUGGACGGACUGGGAGACCAAAUCCAUCAACCGGGCCCACAAGACCACGGGAGCCAACAAGACGCUGCUGAUCAGCACCUUGCACCGGCCCAUGGACAUCCACAUCUACCACCCCUACCGCCAGCCCGACGUUCCCAACCAUCCCUGCAAGACCAACAACGGCGGCUGCAGCAACCUCUGCCUGCUCUCGCCGGGCGGGGGGCACAAGUGUGCCUGUCCCACCAACUUCUACCUGGGUGGUGAUGGUAAAACCUGCGUGUCCAACUGCACAGCCAGCCAGUUUGUCUGCAAGAACGACAAGUGCAUCCCUUUCUGGUGGAAAUGCGACACCGAGGACGACUGCGGGGACCGGUCGGACGAGCCGGAGGAUUGCCCUGAGUUCAAGUGCAGGCCAGGGCAGUUCCAGUGCUCCACGGGGAUCUGCACCAACCCCGCCUUCAUCUGCGACGGCGACAACGACUGCCAGGACAACUCGGACGAGGCCAACUGUGACAUCCACGUCUGCCUGCCCAGCCAGUUCAAGUGCACCAACACCAACCGCUGCAUCCCCGGCAUCUUCCGCUGCAACGGGCAGGACAACUGCGGGGACGGCGAGGACGAGAAGGACUGUCCCGAGGUGACCUGUGCCCCCAACCAGUUCCAGUGUGCCAUCACCAAGCGCUGCAUCCCCCGGGUCUGGGUGUGUGACCGUGACAACGACUGCGUGGACGGCUCUGAUGAACCUGCCAACUGCACCCAGAUGACCUGUGGUGUGGAUGAGUUUCGGUGCAAGGACUCGGGCCGGUGCAUCCCGGCGCGCUGGAAAUGCGACGGGGAGGACGACUGUGGGGAUGGAUCCGAUGAGCCCAAGGAGGAAUGCGACGAGCGCACGUGUGAGCCGUACCAGUUCCGCUGCAAGAACAACCGCUGCGUGCCGGGCCGCUGGCAGUGUGACUACGACAACGACUGCGGGGACAACUCGGACGAGGAGAGCUGCACGCCCCGGCCCUGCUCCGAGAGUGAAUUCUCGUGUGCCAACGGCCGCUGCAUCGCGGGCAGGUGGAAAUGCGACGGCGACCACGACUGCGCCGACGGCUCCGAUGAGAAAGACUGCACGCCCCGGUGUGAGUUCGACCAGUUCAAGUGCAAGAACGGGCACUGCAUCCCCAUGCGCUGGCGCUGCGACGCCGACGCCGACUGCAUGGACGGCUCCGACGAGGAGAACUGUGGCACUGGGGUUCGCACGUGUCCCCUGGACGAGUUCCAGUGCAACAACACCCUGUGCAAGCCCCUGGCCUGGAAGUGCGACGGGGAGGACGAUUGUGGGGACAACUCGGAUGAAAAUCCCGAGGAGUGCUUGAAAUUCCAGUGUCCCCCCAACAGACCGUUCCGCUGCAAGAACGACCGGGUAUGUCUGUGGAUCGGUCGACAGUGCGACGGCAUUGACAACUGUGGAGAUAACACGGAUGAGAAGGACUGCGAGUCACCCACGGCCAAGCCCAAGAGCUGCAGCCAGGACAAGAACGAGUUCCUGUGUGGGAACAAGAAGUGCAUCAGCGCCAACCUCCGCUGCAACUUCUUCGAUGACUGCGGAGACGGCUCCGACGAGGAAUCCUGCUCCCACGAGCACAAGUCAUACGACUGCAUGACCAACACCACCAUGUGUGGGGACGAGGCCCAGUGCGUCCAGUCCCAGUCCACCUCGUACUGCACCUGCCGCAGAGGCUUCCAGAAAGUGCCAGACAAGAAUUUCUGCCAAGACAUCAACGAGUGCCUGCGCUUCGGGACCUGCUCCCAGCUCUGCAACAACACCAAGGGCUCCCACGUGUGCAGCUGCUCCAAGAACUUCAUGAAGACAGACAACAUGUGCAAGGCAGAAGGCUCCGAGCACCAGAUCCUCUACAUCGCUGACGACAACAAGAUCAGGAGCAUGUACCCCUUCAACCCCAACUCCGCCUACGAGCCGGCCUUCCAGGGCGACGAGAACGUGCGCAUCGACGCCAUGGACAUCUACGUCAAGGGCAACAAGAUCUACUGGACCAACUGGCACACGGGCCGCAUCUCGUACCGGGAGCUGCCCGCCUCCUCCUCCGCCUCCACCGCCUCCAACCGCAACCGGCGCCAGAUCGACGGCGGCGUCACCCACCUGAACAUCUCAGGGCUGAAGAUGCCGCGGGGAAUCGCCAUCGAUUGGGUGGCCGGGAACAUCUACUGGACGGACUCGGGGCGGGACGUCAUCGAGGUGGCGCAGAUGAAGGGAGAGAACCGCAAGACGCUGAUCUCGGGGAUGAUCGACGAGCCCCACGCCAUCGUGGUUGAUCCACUGCGAGGAACGAUGUACUGGUCAGACUGGGGCAACCACCCCAAGAUCGAGACGGCUGCCAUGGAUGGGACACUGCGGGAGACGCUGGUGCAGGACAACAUCCAGUGGCCAACAGGCCUGGCCGUGGAUUACCACAACGAGAGGCUCUACUGGGCCGACGCCAAACUCUCCGUCAUCGGCAGCAUCCGGCUCAACGGCACCGACCCCGUCGUGGCCAUCGACAACAAGAAGGGGCUGAGCCACCCGUUCAGCAUCGACAUCUUCGAGGACUACAUCUACGGCGUCACCUACAUCAACAACCGCAUCUUCAAGAUUCACAAGUUCGGGCACAAACCCGUCACCAACCUGACGUCCGGCCUCAACCACGCCACCGACGUCGUGCUCUACCACCAGUACAAGCAGCCAGAGGUGACCAACCCUUGUGACCGCAAGAAGUGCGAGUGGCUCUGCCUGCUCAGCCCCAGCGGCCCCGUGUGCACCUGCCCCAACGGCAAACGCCUGGACAACGGCACCUGCGUGGUCGUCCCCUCGCCCACCGUCUCACCUGUCGUGCCCACCACCGACACGUGUGACCUGGUGUGCCUGAACGGCGGCAGCUGCUUCCUCAACGCCCGCAAGCAGGCCAAGUGCCGCUGCCAACCGCGCUACACCGGCGACAAGUGCCAGGUGGACCAGUGCUGGGACCACUGCCAGAACGGGGGCACCUGCGCCGCCUCCCCCUCAGGAAUGCCGACCUGCCGCUGCCCCACCGGCUUCACCGGGCCCCGGUGCAACCAGCAGGUGUGCACGGACUACUGCCAGCACAACGGCAGCUGCACGGUGAACCAGGGCAACCAGCCCACCUGCCGCUGCCUGCCCACCUUCAUCGGGGACCGCUGCCAGUACCGACAGUGCUUCGACUACUGUGAGAACGACGGCGUGUGCCAGAUGACAGCCAGCGGUGCCAAGCAGUGCCGCUGCCCCCCUCAAUUCGAGGGCGCCCAGUGCCAGGAGAACAAGUGCUCCCGGUGCCAGGAGGGCAAGUGCAGCAUCAACAAGCAGAGCGGGGAGGUCUCCUGCAUCUGUCCUGACGGGAAGAUAGCACCGAGCUGCCUGACGUGUGACAAUUACUGCCUGCACGGCGGGACCUGCUCCAUCAGCGACAAGACCCAGCUGCCCGAGUGCCUGUGUCCCGCGGGGGUGACGGGCGCGCGUUGUGAGGAUUUCGUCGUGGGCGAGCAGCAGAGCAGCCGAACAGCCUCCAUCGUCAUCCCCAUCCUGCUGCUCCUCAUCCUCCUCACCGUGGUGGCUUUUGUCUGGUACAAGUGGAGAAUUAAAGGUGCCAAGGGCUUCCAGCACCAGCGGAUGACAAACGGGGCCAUGAAUGUGGAAAUCGGGAAUCCCACCUACAAAAUGUACGAGGGGGAGCCCGAUGAUGACGUGGGGGAGCUGCUGGACGCCGACUUCGCCCUGGACCCUGACAAGCCCACCAACUUCACCAACCCGGUUUAUGCCACGCUGUACAUGGGCGCCCACAACAGCCGCAACUCCCUGGCCAGCACGGACGAGAAACGGGAGCUGCUGGCACGGGGGGACGACGACCUGGCAGACCCCCUGGCAUAGGGGGCACGGCGGGCGAGGGGCUGCGGGGCCGCGGUGCCCGCGCCUGGCACAGCCCCCGCCGCAGGGGCGGGCGGGGGGCCGGGGAGGGGGGGCCACGAGCCGCUGUAUAAAUGUACAAAUGAAGGAUUAUUACUUUUCUAUGUGAGCAGUAUUAUUACCUGUAUAUUCCCCGGUCCCAGGCCUCGGUGUCUUCAUUGCCAGACCCGGCUUUGGUUUAUUUUAAAUCUCUUUACAUUGGGCCCUCCCCCCCUCCCAACUCCAUCCUUUCCCUUCCCUGCCCCUCCCUCCCAUUCCCAGCCCCUCCCGCCCCCCAGGGCAGGCCGGUGUGGUGGUCCCGGGGGCGAACACAUCGGGCUGGGGCUGACAGGAGACGUGGGGUCACUGCUCCGGGGGGGCACAGGCUGGGGGGAGGCAGAGCGGGGUCCCACAUCCUCCUAAACCCCCCCACCUGCAGCAGCUCCCCCUCCCCAGGGACCCCAUUUCCUUCCCCCUCCUAAAUCUGCUGCUCCCUGCCUUCCCCCUUCUCCUGCUUGGCCUCUGCAAUCCCCCCAUUCCCCUCCCUCCCGUUUUCCCCCUCAUUCUCCCCCUCCCUCCCUGCCGUCCCCUCUCCAAUUUUCCCCUCCCUCCCCAAAUUUCCCCUCCCUCUCUUUGCCUCCCUUUCCCCCCUUCUCUGCCCGACUGUUACAGGGGCCAGGAUGAAGCCCCCAGCCCCGCUGAGGUGCAGGGUGGGGGUCCCCAGCCCCUCAGCCCCCCCCAAUCCAGCCUCUCACCUGCCCCUCACCCGCUCUCCAACAUGCACAUUUUUUAACAGGAAAAAGAAAAGGAAAAAAGAAAAAAAAACCCACAAAAAAACCCCUGGAAAUGACCUAGCUUUUAUAGUAGAAAUAAAUAAACGCAUGUGGGGGGGGCGGGGGGGGACCCCAUCCUUUUAUUGGGGGGAAAUGUUUUAAUAAUUUUUGCUGGAUUACUUUACAACUAAACAAAACAGAUAUUGUUAUAAAUAAAAUUUUUAAAAACUGAAG